UAGCUUGAUAAGAAGCCAUUUUGGUUCUCAUUUUGGUUCAUCCCCUGUGUUCAGCACGUACUUUGAUCGCUGAAAUGAGCUCGAAAAGGAGGACAAAAUCAAAGCAGAAAACAGAUGAAGAACAAGCGAAAUGUAACACACACUCUCACGAUUUCACAGCCGACGGAAUCGAGUUCAUUCGGGCAGAGCUUCUUUCUUGGUACGACAAGAACCGCAGACAGCUUCCAUGGAGAGAACGCGCGUCCGAACAGGAUCCAAACAAGCGAGCGUAUGCUGUAUGGGUAUCUGAAGUGAUGUUACAACAAACACAAGUGGCCACUGUGUGUGAUUAUUACAAUCGCUGGAUGGAGAAGUGGCCAACUGUCGAACAGUUGUCCCGAGCAAACUUAGAGGAAGUGAACGAGUUGUGGUCGGGUCUGGGUUAUUAUUCUCGAGCAAGGAGACUUCAUGAGGGAGCUAAAAAGGUCGGUACAACGAAGUGGUGCUUGUCUAGUUUUAAACCUGUUGUUUGUGGAGUUAAUUUUGAAAGACGAAAGUUUCGCAGCUGCUAAUGUGCUAUUUAUAUUUCAUUAUUGACAUUGUUUUAUAUCGGAGCCCUUCGAAAAAACGUCCGGGCUGCCGGUCAACUGACCCGCUAGGGACUCCUCCCCAACUGACUUGCUAACAUUACUGGGGAAAAUAAAGACACAGUACGCGAAUACAUUUCGGCUACUCGACCUCGUAAAGAAAAUUUUCGUUUAUUUAUAAGUACAAUAAUGAAUGUCAACAUAAGUGAGUUUUAUGCAAAUGAAUUAUUUGAUACCCAGUUAAAUUGAUUGUAAUCCAAGGGCUGAGGACUAGGGAUUUCCCCUGGCUGCUAUAAGGACGACCCAUAGGAGAAAACUGAACCUAAAGAACUUCCUUCCUGUUCAGUUACCCACCUAGUUAUUGCAUUUAGUACCUAGCAACUUAAAAUCUUAGUGACAGCCUUGGUAAUGUAUGGUUCAAUAUUAUUUGUAACCAUGCCUCCCCCUGGGCACAUUCCUGGGGAUUUGCAAUUUUUUUUUUCUAGGAGGUCUAUUCCCCACCCCCAGGCACGCGGAAAGAGACAUUAGAGAGAUUAAGAUUCAUGUUUUCGGCAAACGGCAAAUGUCAGAGUUAAGUUAAGUUGAGAAUUUCUCAGAAUGCAAUGUAGAAAAUAAUCAGAUAAAAGCUGUCCAGAGCAAUUCUUAAAGAUAAAACUGGUGUGAAACUACUUAUUUUUGAGUACAAGUAAUAAACAGUACACAACAGUUAAGGGAAAAAGUUGGUCACAUGAUACAAAUUCUUGUUUGCUGUUUGGCGUAAACGUGAAUCUUAGUCUUUCUAAUUCCCCACCCGCCCCCCACACAGUUCCCGAUUGACGUUUUUUGCUACAUGUUUUUGAUCCAUUCAUGCCAGACCAAAAAACUGGAAUAACUUGUAUGGGAACAAAAAUUAAUUUUGUCCCAGUAUCACGGUACACACACAAAGAAAUAAUUAACAAUUAAUGAAUGAGGCUGAGUAUCUUAUGAAGAAUUAUGGAGAUCGAGGAGGGUGUUAUGAGAUCUCUGAGAGGGUGUUAUGAGACCUCUGAGAUCUCCAUAAUUCUUCAUAUGAUAUGAAAGCCGAAUUCGAUAAUUGUUUUAUUAUUCAUUCAAAAUAAUUUCUAGUUUAAAAACAUGGCUAAAACAUGCUUACCUCCAUCAAUCCAUCGAUGUUAAGUUCAUCUUCAAUUAGGUUUGUCCAGGUCCGCAAAUGUUCUCCAAAUAGCAGAUGUCGUACUUCGAGUUGUCCUCUUGCUGUUCUUGCCAUGUUUUUAGCUAUUUGUUCGCCUUGUUCUUACUCUUGAAACCAGUGAAACGACCGCCAUUUUUGUUUCCACGACCAAAACAACUCAACCUCGUCCCCAGGUCUUCUCGGUUAACGGUGCCUGAACCUGCGAAAAUACUGCAUUUUUGACGUCAUUUCCUUGUUAAAGUCAAAUUUCUUCCAAAUUUGGUCAUCAGUAACUGGUUAUGGUGAAUUAAACGUGUGCUUUUAGCCAAUCAGAAUCGGGAAAAUAUUUUGAAUGAAUAAUAAUAAUAAUUAUUAUAUGGAGAUGGCAUGAAAUUAUUGUUAGAUGGAAUGAAAAUCAAUCUGGUAUCCAUGUAAAGAGCCCCAUACAAAUGGAAAUGCUCUCACUUGUUAACAUAUUUCCUUGCAGAUCACUGGUUUAUAAUACAGCAGUUUUUACUGUCAUGAAAGAAUAUAUGAAGUUCAUAUAUUUGCAUUGCAGAAAAAGAUUUAAAUGGAAGAAAAUUCGUCACAGCUACAGGGUGUUUCAAAAGUUUGUUCCGAUUGAAAAUUGCUUUUCUUAUAAAGCAUUUGAUGCUUCUAUAGGCAAAUUUAAACUGAUUCAGUGAAGAAAUUUAUCAAGAAAACAGUUCAAAGCGAUUUCAAACUAAAAUUUGAAGAAAUAAUGAUGUUUUUGAAAUUUUGUGCAAAAUGUGUACACGUGCUUGCUUUUUCCCGCCAUAUUUUUCCUGCCCAUUUGUAGGUUUUCUUAUUUUGUAUUUUUGCCUUUUUUUUAUUUUCUCCGCUCUUUCAUGGAAAUGAAGCCCAAAACUGUUUGUGCUAGAGCUCAGGCAGGUUUUUAUGGUCCUCUAGCCAUUUAGUUUAAGAAAUUUUGAAAUUGUUGAACAAGACCAAACGAAGAGUUAACAAACUGGUCAAAAAGAAAGUCUUAAGAAGACAAACCAAGGAAUGGAAAGCCGUUUGUUUUGACGAUUUUUCAAGAAAUUUAAUCGAAAAGCUAUUUAUAAGUGUGAUAAUUAAACAUGAGGGAUAGCUGAAAAAACUUAAACUUCACAAUAUCAAAGUUUUGAGCACAACGGUAUGCAGAUAAUAUGACCAACAAAAGGUGGAAAGCCUUCAAGCAAAAGAAGCGGCGCACACUUCAGAAGCGGCUCAGAGAUGGUGUGAGAAGAAUUUGCCAAACGUUAUACCAAAAGAACCACUGCAACAGCAAACUCACCUGAUCUGAACAUUUGGAGUGUCACUGAUGAGACAGCGUACAAAGAUCUAGCCCGCAAAACACUAGACAAGCUCAGAAGGCGACUCAACUUUGCCUGGAAAAAUGUGACCUAAGACUAUACAUGCUUGAGAAGCUCGCGCAUUCUAUACCCCACCGCUUAGGAAAUGUUAAAAAUAAUAAAGGUCCCUCCUGCUUACUAAUAUUUCUUUUAUUCAAUAUAAAAUGAAAAAGGAAUGACAUACCUAAUUGUCAAAAAAAGUAGUUUUAGUAACCAUUGAAUUUUAAGCGAAAAAAAAAAAUUGGAACAAACUUUUGCAACACCCUGUAUAUAGAUACGUGUACACUAUAAUUUCAACAGUUAUAAUUCUUAAAGCCUAGAAAAAAUUCAGGGUUGUGCAGGAUUAGGGGUAUAGAAGAUACUACCACAAAGCUACAAAACACAAAAUAAACAAACAAAUUUCAUUGUUACUACUUAAUUUACAACUACUAAAAUUACAAAAUAUCAUGUUGUUUGCACUUGCAAUAGGUUGUGGAUGAAAUGAAAGGAGUCAUGCCCACUACAGCCACUGAACUCUUGAAGCAGCUUCCGGGUGUUGGCAGAUACACUGCUGGUGCUAUUGCAUCCAUUGCCUAUGGUGAGUGCACUGGAGUGGUGGAUGGGAAUGUCAUAAGAGUUUUGUCUCGUCUCUGCGGCAUCGGAGCUCAGACUUCAAGCAACCAAGCUGUGGAAAAAUUUUGGGAACUUGCCAACAAAAUUGUCCCCGAAAACAGACCUGGAGAUUUUAAUCAAGCCUUAAUGGAAUUUGGUGCAACUCUGUGUACUCCAUCUUCCCCAAAGUGCAAUACAUGCCCUCUGCGAAAGCAAUGCAGUGCUUUAAAGCAAGUAGAGGAACACAGGACUGCUGCGAGCCUGUUGUUAAGUGGGAAACCUUUGAAAUCUGAUAAAAGCUUUGAUUCUGUGAGUGGUGCUGCAAAUGACAAAAAUGUUGACAUUGAAGAAUGUGAUCUCUGCCUUCAAUCAUCCCAGUGGGAUGUUUCCCUUGGUGUCUGUAAUUAUCCACAGAAAGCGAAAAAGAAACAAGCCAAGGAAGAAACACUGGCAGUUGUUAUCGUUGAGAGAGAUUCGGAGGCUAGUGUCCAGUACCUCACAGUUCAGAGGCCCAAAACAGGUCUUUUAGCGGGCCUGUGGGAAUUUCCCAACCUUACAGUGGAGUCUAACUUGGCUACGUCCAAGAUGUUUUCAUCUCUGGUUGACUCUGUAGAAAGUGAAUUGGGGAUCACCCUACAAGGUGUUGAGUGUCAAACUAGCAUAGCUGAAGUUUCACAUCAGUUUUCACACAUUCAUCACAAGUAUGUUGUCUUCUCCUGCAAGUACAGUGAAGCUGACAUUUUAGAGGGGACCACUCAAGGGAAGAGAGCUACAAAGUGGAUAUCACAGGGCGAACUGGCAGGCGCUGCUCUUUCUACUGCAAUGAGGAAAGUGUUUGCUACUUUCGAAAAGUACAGAAAUGGGACAAUUCAACAAAAGAUAGUCAAAGGACAGAAAAGAAAAAAAGGAGCUCUACAUGAUGGAAGGAAGCAGAUGGUACUAGAAUCAUUCUUUAAAUCUUAA